AUGUUUCGACGACAUACUCGGCAAAUUGGCUUGCCUGGCCUGACUCUCUUUCUCACUGGAUUAGGAAUACUGCUUCUCAAUAUCAGCCUGUUGCUGCUCUGGCACGUCCACACUCCGCCACACGUCGCAUCCCAUUCUGCUCUGCAUGCCCCGAGGCCAGACGCGCUCGGCGCUCACCCCAUUGAUAAGCUGAUAGCAGACGCAAAUGAAGAGUUUGAUGAACUCAUAUCCAAGAGGGCAACAAACCUCAAGUCGGCAGCGGAAGCCUACCGCAAAAGGCGUGGUCGUCACCCACCGCCAGGCUUUGACGCAUGGUUUGAUUUUGCACAGAAGCACGACGCCAUGAUCGUGGAGGGCAUGUUUGAUCAAAUUUACCGUGAUCUGGACCCUUUUUGGGGCGUAUCUGCGAGAAGCAUGCGCGAUUUUGCCAGCCACCAUGAGGAUCGCAUCUCCGUCAGAAACCGAACAGCUAGCAUGACCCAGAAACGUGACCAGGGAACAGCAAAGGACCGCAUGGAUGCAUGGUUGGGUUUGGUAAAGAGCAUAGAGGGUUUGCUACCAGAUCUCGACAUGGCCCUCAAUAUCAUGGAUGAGAGCCGCGUUAUCGUACCUUGGGAAGACACGCGCAAAUACCUUGAGAGUGAGCUUGAGACAAGAAACCUCCUUCCUAAUAGCGAAAUCACCUCGAGUUACCAAGGUCGCAGUUCCUGGAUGGAGGUAUCUCAAGAGCCGCCCAAGGUGGACUGGAUAGGAGGAGGUGAUUCUUACUGGAACACAGCACGAGUAGCAUGUGCCCCGCAUUCGCCCGGACGGUCUCAAGCUCCCGCCUCAAACUUUAUUGGACCCCCACCAGGGAUUACAGGUCAUCCAGAGCAUUCAUAUGAGGGAUAUGUGCAGAAUUGGACUUAUGCGAGAGAUCCGUGUCAACAAGGACAUCUGCAAGAGUUACAUGGAACCUUUAUAGAACCCAUUUCGAUAUUUCCUACUCGCGCUCUGGUGCCCAUUUUCAGCGAAUCAAAGUUGCAACUAAACUCUGAUAUCUUGAUACCGCCCGCAGCGUACUUGUCAGAGCGUUUCAACAGAGGAGAAUACUCGGACACGAACACGGACAACGGCUGGUCGAAGAAAGCGGCAGGAGUGGUCUGGCGAGGCGUUGCCAGUGGAGGCCGGAACAAGAAGGAGAAUUGGACGAGGUUCCAUCGACACCGCUUUGUCUCAAUGUUGAAUGGGACGUAUGCAGAGAAUAUCGAAACAAAUCCUCACGUCGACUUGAAAGCUCAGACAUUCAUGCCGCAAUCGUACACAACAUAUCGGCUCGCUGCACUUCAACAUAUGAGUCUUGGAGUAUGGCUCAAACAGAUUGUCAAUGUUGGAUUUACUGAACUACUAUGCUGGCCGUCGACCGGUCGGCCUACUUGCCCAUAUACUGAUCCCUACUUCAAGAUUGUGGACCGAAUUCCAAUGAAGGAACAGUUCAACUACAAGAUGCUUCCUGAUAUAGACGGCAACUCUUAUUCAGGGCGCUACCUGGCGUUUCUUCGCUCGACGUCAGUGCCGAUCAAGGCCACCGUAUACUCUGAAUGGCAUGACGAUCGGCUUAUACCAUGGCUGCAUUUUGUACCCAUGGACAACUCGUUUGUCGAUUUGUAUGGCAUAUUGGAUUAUUUCCUGGGGACUGGAGGUGGAGACGGUCAUAGGACAGGGUACGGCGCCCACGAUAAGAAAGCAAAGAAUAUUGGGUCAAGCGGCCAGGAAUGGGCGAACCGAGCGCUGCGCAAAGAGGAUAUGCGCAUCUACACUCUACGACUGCUACUGGAAUAUGCGCGACUCUGCGAAGAAGACAGGGAACGACUCGGCUUCGUCGGAGAUGUCGAUGCAUCUUGA